GAGCAGGGAACGGCUGGCCGUACUCGUUGGCGUGGUGGAGGACUUGCUGGCCUGCAGUUCCGACCUGCUGUCCAUCAGUGCGGCCGCGGCGGUUGUGGAGGAUGCGCUCGGGCAGCUCAGUGGGGCCCUCCAGGAGAAGCUGUCCGACGUGACCGAGGAGGCGCAGCAGGCAUGGCCUCCCGUCGGCGACUCCCGGCGGCUCCUGGACCUGAGCGGUGCUCUCGACGGGCUCGACUUUGUGGCCUGGAGCGACGCCUUUGCGUCGCUGUCCCAGUCCGCCUCGGAUGUGACCGAGUCCCUCGCCCACAUCAAGGCCGUUCUCUCGCCGCUGCUAGAGAAGCUGCCGAGUGCGCUCGGCAGCGCUAGCAGACGGCUCGCGGGCUCGCAGCUGCAUGGCCGCGUAGGGGCUGGUGCCGCCGGAGCGGAUCACCCGCACUUGGUGCGCCUUUUUGGCACGGCAGAGCAGCUCAAGACAGACUUCUCGGAGUACCACGGCGCCGUCAUGGGCGUGGUGCCAGCAUGGACGAGCCUGGAGGCCCUGGCCACCGACAGCUGCGAGCAGUCCUACGCCGCCGUCGGGAAGGUCCAAGACUUGGAGUGCCGAGUUCGAGAGCUGGUGAACUUACCGGCCGUGCCCGGGCUCGGCACCGUGGGCGACCUCGUCGGAGCCUGCGAGGCUGAGGCUGCCGGCGACGAGGACGCUGGUAGCGCAUGCCCAGGGACGUUUUUUUCUGCUGAGGUGAAGGACGGUGUCUCGCAGAGCGCCGCGAUCGUCGGAGUUGCAUGCGUCGCACUGGAGUAUCUAUUCACGUACAAUGACUUGGUCCGUGUGUUUAUAGCGGUGGUGUUUUUCUUCAUGCCUGGGCUCCUCUUCGGGGUGGUUGGUUACAAGUACAAGGACGUGGAAUUCUGGAUCGAGGGAUUCCUCGCGGGCAUCGUCAUGUUCUCCGCCUUGAUUUCUGUGUUUGUAAUGUGGUUCGGGGUUUGCCGUGACGCGUACAUAACGCAUUGCGACGUGAGAGUGACGUCAUUAGUUGUUGUAGUAUUGAGCAUCGUUUGGGCUUCCGUGGUAGCGAGAGGCCAGUCCUGCCAACUGUUCUUCGCGGGGUUCGACUUGGGCUGCCUGCUAGGGGGGCUUUCGUAUCUUGCGGAGGAAUUUGACACGAUCAGGGACAGCGUCCUGGACGCGGAGCUGGCGAAGAAGGAGAUGAUUAUGAUGCUGGCGUGGGCCAUUCUGUGGGGCCUGGUCUUGGGCACUAUGACGCUCUACUUCCAGAAGUUCGCGAUCGUGCUCGGAACCUCGGCCAUCGGCGCGGUACUGGUCCUCUUCGGCUUCGCGCUGCUGGGGAUGACCUCCAUGCACUUCUUCUUCUACCUGGCUAGCGCGGUCGCUCUGACGGCGGUGUACACCAUGCUGCAGUACUGGUACACGAGCCCUGCGCCGAAGGCCCUCUCCCCGAGGCCCGCCCUCGGCCGCCGCGCCGCACGGCGCCCAGGAUUUCAGUGACCGCGCCCCCGCCCCGCCUGCAGGCCCCGGCCCCUGCCCGUGGCGGCGGCUGGCGACCGCACCGCGGGAGAGACGUCCGGGGAGCGCGGCGGGAUCGCGUCGUGUCGACCAGAGGCGACCCCAGCGCGGGCGUGCACCUCCUCCUCCUCCUCCUGUUUUUCUUCCUCCCCCUUCCUCAUCCU